AUCUGCGAGUGCAGAGCCAAAAAAACCCCCAGAUUCGCGAUCCAAACCCUCCCAGAAAAACACAAACAUCAUCAAUCCAUGGAAGAGAAGCGCCGUGACGCCGCCGGAGCUCAGCCGCCGUCAAAUGCCGACGCUCAGGCCGCUGAGCCAUCUUCUGCUCGGCGCCGCGGCGGAGCCCAGAAGAGAAAGGCCAGCAGCCUCGGCGGCUCCACCUCUUCAUCCACGCCGUCCAAACGCUUCACUCGCGAGAAGGCUAUGCUCUCUCACCCUCCGAUCCACAAUGGCCCGUUGACCCGGGCCCGCCAGGGUCCAAGCAGCCUCGGUUCGGCUUCUGCGUCUGGGGCUGCCGUGAAGCCGACGGUAGCCAAGCGGCCCGACCCGGUGGGAGAGGCGGUGGCAGAGCUGGUGAAGAGGGAGAGCGAGUUGGAGGCUCUGGAGGCUUCUAUGGAGGCUGAGUUUGAAGCCAUUAGAUCUCGCAAUGCGAAUGCUCAUGUUGUUCCAAGUCAUUGUGGUUGGUUUUCAUGGACAAAGGUUCACCCCAUUGAGGAGCAAAUGUUGCCAUCUUUCUUUAAUGCGAAGUCUGAGACGAGAACUCCUGAUGUAUACUUGGAGAUACGUAAUUGUAUUAUGAAGAUAUUCCAUGCGAAUCCAGGCGUAUUUAUUGAAUUGAAGGAUUUGUUGGAGCUUGAAGUUGGCGACUUUGAUGCUAGACAAGAAGUAAUGGAAUUUUUGGACCAUUGGGGUUUAAUUAAUUUCGACCCGUCCCCACCAACAGGUUCUGCUGUGGCCAGUGCCGAGGGUGAUGGGGUGGCAGAAAAGGAUUCUUUGGUUGAUAAGUUGUAUCACUUUGAAGCAUUACAAUCACGCUCAUCAGUUGUUCCAAAGACUAAUAUAACAACCCCAACUGUGCCAUCUGGGUUGUUUCCUGAGUCUGCAAUUGCUGAAGAGUUGGUGAGGCCUGAGGGGCCAGCUGUUGAGUACCAUUGUAACUCUUGUUCAGCUGAUUGCUCACGCAAGCGCUACCAUUGCCAGAAGCAGGCAGAUUUUGAUCUAUGUACUGAUUGUUUUAGUAAUGGGAAAUUCGACUCUGGUAUGUCUUCAUCAGAUUUCAUUCUUAUGGAGCCUGCUGAAGCUCAUGGGGUAAGUGGUGGGAAGUGGACGGAUCAGGAGACUCUCCUUCUCCUUGAAGCACUAGAACUUUAUAAAGAAAACUGGAAUGAGAUUGCCGAACAUGUUGCAACAAAAACAAAAGCUCAAUGUAUAUUGCACUUUGUUCAAAUGCCAAUUGAGGACACCUUUCUUGAUUAUGAGGAUGAUAUUGAUGCUAGUGCAAAAGAAACUGCAGAUCCUACUUCAACUGACAAUGAAUCAUUGGCCCCCAAGGAUGCCCCCGAAACAACAGAGAAUAAGACUGGUGCUAGUGAGAGUGACCCCCAAACUUCCCCAGUGGAAACUUCAAAAGAAGUGACUGAAGUAUAUGUUGGACAAGAUACUUCAAAGCCAGAGGAUGUAAAUGAAGUCAAAGUGGGUGAGGAAACUUCAAAAUUGGAAGAUACUGGGGAAUUGAAAGUUGAUCAGGAGACAGAUGAGAGCUUUGCACUGAAUGCUCUUAAAGAAGCGUUUGAAGUUGUUGGUUAUCCUCCAACAUCUGAAGGUCAACUUUCAUUUGCAGAAGUGGGAAACCCUGCCAUGGCAUUGGCAGCAUUCCUUGCACGUUUGGUGGGACCUGAUGUUGCUAUUGCUUCAGCGCAUAAUUCUUUGAAAUCCAUAUCUGCCAGUUCUCCUGGCACUGAGCUGGCUGCAAGGCAUUGCUUUCUAUUGGAAGACCCACCAAGUGACAAUAAGGAACAAGCUGGUCCUGAUAGUGUUGCUGCUGAAGUGCUGAAAGACAAAGUCCAGGAAGACAUAGUCGAUGAAGACAAAAGCGAGAAAGAAGAUAACGCCACCUCAGGUUUAGAAGAUAAAGAUUUAUCAAACGAUAAAGGUGACAAGAAACUUGAAAAACCUUCUCCCGAAGAAAAGUCACAAUCUGCAGAAGAACAGGAUGGCAUAGUUUCUCAUGAAGAAGUAGGAGCUGAUAAUUUGAACAAAUCAGACAAUUUAGAGUUACCAAAGGACCAAUCACCAACUACUGUGGGGAAGUUGGAUGAUUCAAAACUCGAGGCAGAUAAUCCACCAAGUUCUGAGAAGGAGUCAGGAGAGGGAAUUUCAGUAGGAAAGCCUUCUGAACCUACAGACACACCUAAGGAUGUGGAUAUGUGUGAUUCACUUCCCUCAACAGAGGAUGAGCCUCAGCAGCCAGUUACAUCAAAUUCAGUUGAGGAACCUCCCCGUUCUACAGAGGCAUCAAAAGAUCUGGAUGUGUCCAAUUCUCCGGCUUCACAAAUAAAUGAGCCUCAGCAACCGGUUACUGCCAAAUCAGAAGAACCUCCGCAACCUACAGAGGAAUCAAAGGAUGUAGACAUGGUGUCUGACCCUCAGCCCCCAGAACAGGAUGAUUCUCAGCAACCAGUUGCAUCGAAUACAAUGGUUGAAACUGGAGCAAGUACACCUUCCUCUCUCCCUCUCUUCUCACACCCAUGCACACGCAGACACAGGGGUGAGGAUCAAACUAACGAUGGUAAAAGUGAAAAACAUGACACUACAGAGACAAAAGUGGAUCAGAAAAUUGAUAAACUAAAGCACGCUGCAGUUUCUGCAAUCUCAGCAGCUGCAGUGAAGGCAAAACUUCUAGCAGAACAGGAAGAAGAUCAAAUCCGACAACUUGCAGCAAUGUUGAUAGAGAAGCAGUUGCAUAAGUUGGAAGCGAAAUUAGGUUUCUUUAGCGAGAUGGAAAAUGUUGUAAUGAGGGUGAGGGAGCAAUUGGACAGGUCAAGACAGAAGCUCUACCAUGAGCGGGCACAGAUAAUUGCAGCCCGCCUUGGCUUACCAGGUUCCUCAUCUAGACCAAUGCCAUCGUCAAUGCCUGCCAAUAGAAUGGCCAUGAAUGUUGCAAACUCAGUUCCAAGACCCCCACUAAACAUGACUUCCCUAAGGCCACCUAUGUCAAGACCCAUGGGGCCAACGGCUCCAACCUCAAACCAAUUUUCACCCACAGCCUUGGCAGGAAGUUCAGUAAGGCCUCCCAGCCAGGACAAACUUUCUUCAGUCGGGUCGAAGUAAAACACCCGAGAACAUGUGAAUAUAAUUAAUCCAUUCCUGUGGAGCGGGGUGAUCACGUAUCUUUUGUACCAAAUGAGUUCGAGAACGGCAGAUUCGGGAAUGCUUUUUAAGAAGUUAGAUAUUGUGCUACAACUGAAAAAGCCUCUGCCCAUGUUGCCAAAAUUGCCAUUGAUAAACAAGACAAAGGGCUUUCUGGAGAGAUUUUCAGCAAUCCACUAUGCUCUGUUUUGUAACAUUAUCUUUAAGCUCUGUAAAAAUUGUAGGGUGAAAUGCUAAGCAAAGGAAAAAGGAGGGAAAGUUGGGCGAGGAAAGAUUUUUUUUUAUUUUUUAUAAAUAUAAUUUAUGACCACCGACCACCCCGAAAUCCCAUAUUUAAAAUGCUAUUUAUGAGUCUUGUGUAAUUGAGUUUCAAACGAUCUGAUGUGCUCCA